UUCAAAUAAAAAUCUCGUUCGGUAGACGCUCUUGUUAGGCACAAGGAUAUAACGCCAGCAACAUGAAGUUGAUGCGUACAGCGACAACGCUGGCCCUGGUGCUGCUGCUAGCCACCAGCUAUGCACAGGCUGAGGAGGAGAAGAGCGCCGCCGCCGAACAGAAGGCUGCUGAACCGGAGACCAAGAAGGCCGAGGAAGCUGUUAGUGAUGAUACCACCAAAUCGAAGCGUGGCCUGCACCACUAUGAGGAUUACCAUCAUCAUCAUGUGCCACAUUUCCCAGUGCACGAGGAGAAGACACUGACCAUCAUCAAGAAGGUGCCAGUGCCCGUGCCCAUUGAGAAGAUUGUGCACGUGCCUGUCGAGAAACACAUUCAUGUGCCCGUGAAAGUCAAAGUGCCCAAGCCCUAUCCCGUUGUCAAGCAUAUACCCUAUGAGGUUAAGGAGAUCGUUAAGGUGCCCUAUGAAGUGCCACAGCCAUAUCCAGUUGAGAAGAAGAUUCCAGUGGCCGUUCAUGUGCCCUACGAUCGUCCAGUGCCUGUCAAGGUUCAUGUGCCCGCACCUUACCCCGUUGAGAAGAAAGUUCAUGUGCCCGUCAAGGUCCAUGUGCCCGCACCUUAUCCAGUUGAGAAGAUUGUCCACUACAAGGUAGAGAAGCAUGUGCAUGUUGACAAGCCCUACCCCGUGGAGAAGGUUGUCCACUAUCCCGUCAAGGUGCCCGUUGACAAGCCCGUGCCCCACUAUGUGGACAAGCCAGUGCCCCACUAUGUCGACAAGCCAGUGCCAGUGCCAGUGAUCAAGAAGGUGCCCGUACCCGUGCAUGUGCCCUAUGAUCGUCCCGUGCCCGUUCAUGUUGAGAAACCAGUGCCCUAUGAGGUUAAAGUACAUGUGCCAGCUCCUUAUCCAGUGAUCAAGGAAGUGCCAGUUAAAAUUGAGAAACACGUUCCGUACCCCGUGAAAAUCCCCGUUGAGAAGCCCGUCCAUGUCCACAUUGAGAAACAUGUGCCCGAAUACCAUGAGAAGCAUGUGACCUACAAGGAGCCCGAAUUCCACCACAAGCACAUCGAGGAGGAGCAUCACCAUCAUCAUGAGCCCAUCCAUCAUCACCACUCAUUCCACUCACACUCGACCCCCAUUGAGGAGCAUCACGAACAUGAGCAUGAGGUGGAGCAUGACUUUAACUAUCAUGACUAUCAUUCAUAUCAUGGUUACUAAAUUGGUGAAAUGAAUUUCUUUCUCUCUCACUUCUCUUUGCAGCAUUGAAAAGCGUAAGCGUAUAACGGUAACGGUAAUGAAAUGGAUAAAUAGCUAAACAAAAUUCUCACAAAAUAUCAAAACUUAAACAGAAUCCUAAACCAAUUUAACCAAUUUACCAUAUCAUACCAUAUCAAACCAUAUGCCUAUCAAUUCCAAUACCACAUUGCUAUAUAGAACGUGAUACCGAUAGAGAUUCAGCAUAUCAAUUAUAGAACAGACUUUAGUGACGACCAUUUUAGUAUAACAAAUCGAACUCUCUGCUAGCUUAAGCCAUAAAACCAAUCAAAAGAACAAAAAAAAACGUUGACGAAAAAAGAAAAACGAUUAACGCAACCGCGUGAAAAAAUGUUAUGAGAAAUUUUAGACCAACAACUUAGACGAUUAAGACUUAAAAGAUUUAACACAUUUGGGCAGCAUUGUCCCAACACUAAAAGCGAAAACUUGAACUCAACCCACACUUAACAACAACAAUUACCACACUAAACAUAAAUGACACCUAAGCCUUAGGAUCGCCAUGGAUGUGUUGGUGUUGGCCUUGACAACUGGGUUACCAUUGUUCGAUGUGGUUUGCUGCUGCUGUAUUGUCCUCCAGCUGCGGCUACUCCUCCUUCUGCUCUGGUCCACCGACUUGUGCACCCGGUUCAGUUACAGUUCGGUUCAGUUUUUUCAACAGUUACGAGAUGAUCACAGAUCAUCAGAUCUCCACGCAGAUCUGCCUAGCGUUGUAAGCGUGUGAUAAGACUUCAGUUAGUGUCUAAGUGCCUCUUAAGUUAAGUAUCUAAUGUAUAAUGUGCUGUCGCCUAUUUAAGUCAGUUUGUAAACGAACGUAUUGUAUUAUUUGUAAUAUCUUGCUAUCUAGUUUGUAACUCAUAAAUAUCUUUAGAUGUUUUGCUUAUUGUAUAAAAAGCAAUUGAAACGGAUUUAUAAAAAGUACUUAAUUUACCAAAUAUUUUUUGUGUCUCUGUAUA